AUGGAGCUCGCCUCGGCCGUGGUCAUAGUCGUGACCAUAUUGUGCGUGGCGCUGGAGGUUCAGUACCACGGUUUUCAAAUUGGCUUGGACCUCGGUUAUCGUUGGUAUAGCAUGACCCCCCAGGAGAGGUGGCCUUUCGCGGAGACCUUGUUCUUGGUCAUGGAUUAUGCCUGUGGGGGCGCGCUCACUAUCGAGCUGUUGCUGAAAGGGAUUGCCCUUCGUAGCGAUGUGUUUCAAGAUUGUUGGAACUUCAUGGACCUCAUCGUCACGUGUUGUUGGUAUAUUGAGGUCAUUGGCGAGACCAUCGUACCAAUAGACCCGUCGAUGCUUCGCAUGGGGCGACUAGUGCGGCUUUUCCGCCUGCUCAAGCUGGCGAAGCAGAUCCAAGGCUUCGACUCGUUGUACCUGAUGACUACUGCAAUUCGUGGCAGUGCUGCGUCGCUUGCGUGGUCUUGCUGCUUACUUAGUUUAUUCCAGGUCGCUGUUGCGCUCGCUGUCAAUUGGGUUUUGACCACCUGGUAUCUCGAGAAUGAUUCCUACCCCGAGGAGGACCGCCUGCAGGUGUUCGAGUAUUGGGGCUCGUUUUCCAGGGCGUUUCUGACCACCUUCGAGAUUACCUUGGCAGACUUUCCCGAACCCUGCAGGAUGCUGUCCGAAAAUGUCAGUGAGUGGUUUGUGGUCUUCUUUCUUACGCACAAGCUCACCAUCGGUUUCGCCGUGAUCGGUGUGAUCAAUGGCGUCUUUAUACAAAACGUUCAAGGUCGCCACAACGGACGAUUUGCUCAUGAUCAGGCAACGUGA